AUGAGCGAGAAUAUUGAAGUUCGACAGGCAGAGGCCGCAGAGUAUUCUUCAUCUGUUGCGGGUUCUAGUUCAUCUGUUGUGAGUUCUAGUUCAUCUGUUGCGGGCUCUAGUUCAUCUAGCGCGCUUCCUUCAGCAGAAUCGCCAUCUUCGUCAAGUAUAGCAGCGGGCGAUUCCACCAGCGCGGCAAGUGCAGCAGCUGCAACUACUACCAUACAAGAUGCGGGAGCUACUUUGAUCACCACAACAAAGCCUUCCGCACUCAUUCCCACCGCCACGGUACAAUCAUCAUCAAGAACACCUUCGAGCACUCCUAGCGUACCAAACGUGACGAGUAGCAAAUUUUCAUCAUCAGCAUCGCAAAAAGGAAGCUACUCCAGCGGGACCUUGGCAGGAGCCAUAGUGGGAUCCAUUGCAGGAACCUGCCUUAUAGCUCUACUGGCCUUCUUUUACCUACGUCGAAGAAAGGGAAAGAUUGCUCGUGGAACGACUCGAAGCUCUACCACCGACACAUCUGAGAUACCUAAGCACCCCGGAACAAUCCAAUCUCGCUUCCUCGGAACAACUGCUGCCGUCCCCUAUGAAAAGCACACACCUGUCCCGCCCGCCAUUGGGUCUCAACUCUUUGACCUGGCCUCAUAUAUCCCAAGUCCCGCAGAUGACAGUGCCGUUUGCAUGAGAAUUCAAACACUCUUUGAUCAGGCCAGUCUACACAUUGACAACUACUACUCGCGUCCGAAUCCAACGGUUCGAUUGACACCCAAUGCCAUCGUCUCAUUGAAUAAAUUCGACUCCCCAUUCCUGCCGUCUCCUCUGGCAACUCUACUUUCGAACCCAAGAUCUCAGAGACCUGCCCUUACGCACGCCUUGGUUAGAGCUUUGCUACAUGCUAUUCAACCUGGAAGCCAAACAGGGUCCCUUCUUCCGCCAUGCUUUUCAAUGAGUCCAAAGAAACAGCUAAGUGGCGGUAUUGAUUCUGAUGACUACCAAGCGAUGUUUGCCUGGCGUAUGUUAACAGCAAGCAUGUUUACUCGGAGCCGGGACGUUCAGAGACCUAUAUCUGUAGUACCACAAGGAGUUGCAAUCACUGCGCUAGCGGAAAGCUUCAAUACAGCGUUCGCGCCAUAUAGUGAUCCCCAUCUAUCUGAGGCUGGUCGCCUCGGCCAUCUCCAAAGCGUGGUUGAGGCAACGGCCGAACUUGGGGCUUGGCUCUUUGCUCAACCCUGCAGCUUUGAGUUCCGGUGGACCCCUUUGGUCACUCCGUUAAAUCAAGUCAUCGUCUCACCGGCCGUUGUUAAAGUUGGCGAUGAGCAGGGGCGCGCACUUUCAGUUCCACAUACAUUGGUGGAAGAGACCUUGGCACGAAUUUGA